AGAGUCAAGUGUAAAGACAAUUCAUUAUGGGAAACGAGAAGAUCAACAUGGCUUUAGAUGAUAUCAUCAAGAAGGACAAGAAGAGUUUUAAGGUGUCGAGGGGUGGUGCUGUCGUUAGAGGCCGAGGAGGAGCCCGUGGUAAAGGAAAACAAGCAGUAGUCAAAGCAAACAGCAACAACAAACAAGGCCCAAAUAGUUUUAAGGGUGUCGCUAACAAUAACAGAGGCAAGAACGUUGCACGAGGUGGAGGUCGCGGAGGUCGCGGUGGUCGUGGUGGGAUAAACAGAGCCAACACUGCAAACACUUACACCAACAAACAGAGUCCCGUCAAAAGGUUAAACAACCGUGGAGGCAGUACACGUGGAAUUUCCAACAACCGGGGAGGAAAUAACAACUUCAAACGAAACAACAACAACAACAACAACCAGGGACAGGGUCAAAGAAACAACAACAAUAACAACAACUUAAGAAGCCACAAGUUCAAUAACAGGGGUAAUCUGGCCCAGAGGAAGAAUCAAGGACAACAGAGAGUCGCAGCUAACAAUAACAAUAACAAUAACAACAGAGCUAAUAUCAGAGGAGCUGCUACCAUGCUUCAGGACCAGAAUACACAAGUCAGACAGCUCCAGCUAUUAGCAAAGAACCAACAGCUCCUUCAGAAACAACUCCAACAACUUCAGAACAUUCAGAGUCGACAAAAUGAACUUCUUUUGAGUUCGAAUACCAGCGGAAGAUUUGGCAGCAGCAGUGGUGCUUACAGAGACGACAGAGACCUCCUAAACGACAGAGAUGUUCUCAUGUUCUAAAUGAUAUGAUGUCAUAAUUACGUCAUCAUUAUAGUGUGUGACGUCAGGACUUCAAGAAAUGUUUUUAUUAUGUCGAGUAACAAUCAAAUAUUAUUCAAUGAAAAAUGACAAGCUGAGAGUCGAGGUUGAUAUUGAUCUCUAAUCGAACGAUUUCUCGUUACGUCUGAUAACUGGUAAUAAAAAAUAUCUGCUGGACGUUAAACGCCAUCUCUUUUUAUUAUUGAGGAUCUAGGUUAAGCUGUAUUUAUUAUUCUUUACAGUCUCAACUUAUUUUAACUAGUUCCUAUUCCAGCAUUAAGUUGACAACAUGUUUACUCAAUUAUUUUGUAGCUAGUUUAUUGAAAUAUUAAGUAGAAUUGAGGAAUGAUUUUUCCGUGUAUAUAUUUACUUAAGUUUCUUCUGCUAUUAA